CACGUAGCUGAUAUAGAUAAAGUUUUGUCAUUAGAUGAUAUUAUGAAUUGAAAAAAAAAAAGAAACAAAAAUGAAUUGUAAUGUAUCUUAAAUCUACCUUAUCAUUAGGAGCAUCGCUUGUCGGAACUUUGGCAUUAAUUUUAAUAACUUUUUGUUCCUGUGACAGCUCCCGCCAAGCUGCUGUAGGGUUAUGUGUUAACGAAUGUACUCCUACUUUCAUACUGAAUUAAUAUUUAUUAUAAACGUUUAAUGUCUCUUUUCUUAUAUUGUUAGUUUUACGAUUGCUAAAGUACUAACAUAUUUUUCUACUUAUUUUACACUUGUAUAAAUACAAUGCCGUUGGCUUACAAUCGUAAGGGCUUUACCCGCCAUUGUAAACGGAAAAGGGAAAGAUGUCGUUUGAAAGAUAUCAAUGAAAUAAUAUAAUUGUUAAUAUUUGUUAAAUAAUAAACAAGAUAUAUUGUUUGAGUGAUUCACCGUAGGUGAUCUUUUAAAAAUAUUAUUUUUUAUAAGUUCUUGUAAUAAAUUUAUAAAAUCGAUUACAACAAAAAAAAUCAAACGAUUUAUCAAGCGAUAUAAUUAACAAAUCAAAUGAAAAGAACACAUGUGUCGCUGCGUGUCGACUUAUGUCGGUAAAUGGAAAACGCUCUAUGGCGUGAAUUUGUAGUACUGUUUACAAGUUCUAAAUACUGAUCUUUCUGAAUGCAUUUUAAAUUAAUUUUUAUACGAAUAUCGAAUUAAGAUUAUAUUAGCUGCAUAAUAAUGUCUCUCAGUAUUAAUGAUUGGACACCCGAGCAUUUUGUUAAAAAUCAAUCAUCUUGUAAAUUUAUAUUGGAAAAUUCUGGUGCAAUAAGAGAAAUCCCUUUGUUAAACAAUGCACCUUUACAUUACUUUAAGGAUAAACAACUUGUUAGAUUUCGUGGCAUGAUACAAGAUAUGUAUAAUCCUGAAUAUUAUUUUAAAAAGUAUGAAGUCAAGAAUAUACAAAAUGGAUACUGUGAUGUUAGAUUUGGAAUGUAUAUGGAUUCAAUGAUAUCAUCGCCAAAUGAAGAAAUCAUUUUUAAUUCAGAAAAGAAUAUCAGUUCUGAAAGACAAACAUGCAUUGUUAUUUCUAUACCAGGAUUAAACAAUUGGGCAAAACAAGAAGAUACAAAUAUUGAUAAUAUAAAUAGGAAUGUAAUAAAUAAUUACAAUACAAAUAAACGGAGUUUAGAAAAUAAUGGAGUUGAAGAAAUGGAUUGUUCAGAACCAACUAGGAAGAAAGAAAAAUUGUUGAUGGAUGAGACAAAUGAAACGUCAAAUAAUGCUAAAAUAAAUAAAGAUAAUAAUGGUAUUUUAUCACAGGAACAUAUUUUAAAUUUUCCAAUACCGAUUGACAACGGUAAAGCUUGUAUUGUAAAGGUUUACGAUGAAACAAUACAUUUAAAGCUGAAUCAAGUUAUAGAUAUAAUAGGAUUUAUAUCACUUGAUCCAGCAUUAAAUGUUAUUAAUAAUUCUGAAGAAAUGAUGGAGGAUGCUGAAAUGAACACACAUAAUCCACCAAUUUCUCUUGUACCAAGACUCCAUGCGAUAAAAAUAACUGUACUAACAAAACAUGAAAUAGAAAAUGCUCCAUUAAUAAUGUCAAAAGCACAGACAAUAAGAGGAGAUCUUCAUAUAAUUUUAAGUCAGUUGUUAUUUGGCGACCAAUUGGCUGCUGAUUAUCUCAUCUGCCAUUUAUUGUCUUCCAUAUAUAUGAGAAAGGAUUAUCUUUGUCUUGGUACUUAUCCUUUGAACAUUACAAAUUUUUCUAUUACAAAGUGCAAGAUAUUUCCUAAAAAGCUUUACGAUUUUUUAACAUUAUUUGUAAAAAAGAGUCACUUAUUGGAAGUUACAUUGGAAAAUUUAAAUGAUAUGGCUUUGAUACCAAAGAAAGAUUAUGUGUGCAACAGAUUAACAAGUGGUAUACUUCAAUUAAGUGCUAAUACUCAUCUUGUAAUUGAUGAAACAGGAUUGACCAGCGGUCAAGUUUCACAAGCUGGAAGACAGAACUAUGAUGCUAUUAUGAAUUUAAUUACAUUUCAGAAAGUGCCAUACGAUUUUAAAUUUUAUACAAUGGAGUAUGAUACAGAUAUACCUGUUUUAAUCUUGUCAGAAGCAAAAUCUUUUAUACCGUGCCCGACUCAAGUUGUAUUAAAAGAAGAAUCGGAAAAUCAUUAUUUACAAGUAAUUGAAGCUACUAAUCAAUAUUUGAAGGAUCAAAAUCGAUUGACUGACAUUCGUCAUUAUCUUGAAGUUCUAAGGCAUACUGAAUUUGAAUUUAAUGAAGAUGUUACAAAUGUUAUUCAAGAUGAUUUCGUACAAAUGCGACAAACAAAUAGAAAUAUAACUGGAGAAAAUUUACAUUCAUUGAUAGUACUGGCAAGACUGAUGUCUUUAUCGUAUGGACAAAAUAGAUUAACCAUAGAUUGUUGGAAAAAAACAGUUGCGAUGGAAUUGGAAAGAAUUAAUAGAUUACCGCAACGUAAUAAAUAAAUGGUAUAUUACAUAUAUUUGUAUAUUAUAAGUGAGAUAGUAUUUGUGAGUUAUUAUAGACUUUUGAUAUAGCA